AUGGAUGAUGAUGAUACCACAUCCAUCCAUGGAAAGUGUCCCGGGAUUUUGCAAUGUGGUGGUGAUGGCGGUGUGCUCUUCACGUUCUUAGGCAGUAGAGGUUCUGGUACUCCAAGAGCUGUAGGUGUUCAAGUCACAGGCCGUUUAUCUGGGAAAACGUAUACUGUUCUUCUCCAGAAUUCAUCCAAAAGUGAAGUGAUACUCACAGCAGGUGCAAUAGGCACUCCUCAGCUGCUCAUGCUUAGUGGAAUUGGCCCCAGAGACCACCUUCAAGCUAAGAAAAUCAAAGUGGUUGCAGAUUCCCCCAAUGUUGGAAAACACAUAGUUGACAAUCCAUCCACCAGAGUCUACAUUGGCUCACCAUCCCCAGUUGAAGUUUCCCUCAUUCAAAGUGUGGGGAUCGAUCCAUCUGGAACAUACUUCGAAGGGUUAAGCAGUCCGCAGAAGAGUCCAAUCGUUGUGGUCACGCAGAAGGUCGCUAAGCCUCGUUCAAGUGGAGAGAUCCGACUUUUAACUCUGAAUGCUGAUGAUAAUCCUCAAGUCACCUUUAACUACUUCAAAGACUCUGUUGAUAUGCAGACGUGCGUGAGUGGAGCCAACACACUUGAAGAAGUUUUACUGACUUCCAGCUUCAGCCCUUUCAUCACUGUUUUUCAGCCCAUGCCUUCUGGUGGCAUUGUGGUUGCUCCAAAUCGAAGGAAUCCUUUACUAAAGCCAACCGGCCUGGCGCACAAGGGCAACAACAAGGUUCACCCAGAAGCCAUGGACAUGGCGGCCUCGAAGCUGAAACAACUCAAGAACGAGGAAUUCACAAUUGAAGAAUGGUAUACUGUAGCUGGUUUGAUCAGCACUCUCAAGCUGGAAGCAUUCCGGAACAAGUCCCUGGAGCUGGUUUCUACUCACGUCUAG